AUGGAGUCUGUCUACCGUAUCAUUGGUGUUGUCAAGAGAUCCAGAGCAACAGUGAUCAUUUUAUUUUGUACCAUAGAAAACCUUGUCCCUUUAAUGGAACAGGCUUCUUUUCACAAUAUCACUGGCAAAGCGUGGGUGGCAACCUCAGGCUGGUCCAUUACUUCUGACUUCCCUAGGACUGACAUCUUAACAACCUUAAAUGGGAGCCUUGCAUUAGCAGCUCAAAAGGGGAAAAUUCCAGGGUUUAAGGAGUUUCUUUAUAGCAUCCAUCAGUCUAGAUUUCCAGAUGAUCCUUACAUGAAGACAUUUUGGGAGAAUGCUUUUCACUGUAUUUGGCCAGGAAAUGAUGCAGUCAAUAAUACAUCUCCAGCACUGCUUAAAGAAGACAUUGUUUGGUGCACAGGAGAGGAGAGACCGGACAGUAUUGAUCCCAAUAUAUAUGAUGUCUAUAACUUUAUAUAUUCAUAUAGAACACAUAAUGCAGUCUUUGCAGUAGCUCAUGCUUUGCACCAGAUGAAGAACUGUGUCCCAGGGAAAGGGCCUUUCAAGAAUGGAUCUUGUGCUGAUAUUUAUAACCACCGGCCUUGGCAGCUGCUUCAUUACCUCAGAAAGGUAGACUUCAACAACACAGCAGGAGAAAGAAUAUAUUUUGAUGAGAAUGGGGAUGUCCCUCAGUCUGUGGAGAUUUUGAACUGGCAGCUGUUCCCUAAUGGAAGUAAUCAGUAUGUCUCUAUUGGUAGUUUUGAUUCCGGCUCUCUAAAUGGCGAGGGGCUCAGUAUUCAGCUAAACAAGAUUUUAUGGAAUGGAGGACACAGCCAAGUCCCGAGUUCGGUUUGCAGUGACCCAUGCCCCAAAGGCUACAGAAGAGCUGCAAUUCAGGGGCAGAAGAUCUGCUGCUUUGAUUGCCUGCCAUGUUCUGAAGGAGAGAUUCUCAACCCAAAUGAUGACAGUAAAUGUCUCAAGUGCCCAGAAGACAAAUGGCCUGAUAGCAGAAAAGAAGAGUGCCUACUAAAGCUCAUUCAGUUCCUUUCUUAUGAAGAGACUCUGGGCUCCACUUUGGCUUGUAUUUCAGUCUUGUUUUGUCUCCUUACAUUUUCAGUGUUCUGCCUGUUUAUAAUCAAAAGAAAGACCCCCAUAGUGAAGGCAAAUAACAGAGAUCUCAGUUACCUACUUCUCAUCUCCCUCAUGUUUGGCUUCAUGUGUCCCUUGGCAUUCAUUGGCAGACCCAACCGGAUAAUGUGCAUGAUACGCCAGGUCAUGUUUGCUGUCAUUUUUUCACUUUGUGUUUCUACCAUACUAGCAAAGACUAUCACUGUCGUAAUGAUAUUUAGUGCUACAAAUCCAGACAGUAAACUAAAGAAACUUGUGGGACUACGAAUACCCAUUUAUAUUGUCCCAGUGUGUACCAUGGUUCAGAUAAUUCUAUGCAUAGUUUGGCUGAACACAGAUGCUCCAUUUGCAGAGUUCAAUAUGGCAGCAGAAAUAGGAAUAAUAGUGAUUGAGUGCAAUGAGGGGUCCAGGGUGUUAUUUGCUUCUGUCUUGGGGUACAUGGGUCUCUUAGCUUCCGUUAGUUUAUUUGUUGCCUUUCUGGCUAGGAAGCUCCCUGACACAUUUAAUGAGACCAAGUUCAUUGCAUUCAGUAUGUUGGUAUUUGCCAGUGUUUGGGUGACAUUUAUACCUGCUUAUCUCAGUACCAAGGGGAAACAGACAGUGGCAGUAGAAAUCUUUGCCAUUCUCUCUUCAAGUGCUGGGUGUCUUUUUUGCAUCUUUUCCCCAAAAUGUUAUAUAAUAUUACUGCACCCAGAAAUGAACAGCAGACAGUACAUCACAGGGAGAAAUGCUAGAAACCAAGGGAUACAAUAGGCAUCUGAACUUAUCUGCAUUUUAUUAGAAUUACAUAUACUAAUUGAUUCCCCACAUUAUGGAUUCUGAAACAUUCAUCUUUACACUUUACAUUAUAUAUGAGCACAGAUGCCAACAUAUUCAGUUUAAAAGUAAA